UCGCUGGCUCCAGAGAUUUUUAAAUUGGACUCUAAGAAAACACCAAUGCAAACGCGACAAUCACGACAGGAUGACACUAAUGAGUAUGAAACUAAAGUUCAAAGCAUUACAUAUCGUAAGGAAAAAGCCCAGGAAGUCUUCAGCUCCACACCAGUCACUACUUCUACACCUGCCAUCACUUCUAUACAGGCUAUCACUUCUAUGCCAAUAGCCAUUUCCUCUAAACACUGCAAAUCUGCAGCAGCCGUUCCUGCACUCUCAUCCACCACUAUGCCAUCUGUUGCCACAUCAUCUGCUUCUACAUUGUCUGCUUCUACAUCAUCAGCUGUUAGAUCGUCUUCUGCUGCAUCAGUUACUACUAUGUCUAAGCUCAAAUCCAAACCCACAUCCUCUCAUCACCCAUUUUUUAAAGAGAAUGUGACAAUUUAUGAGGCAGCUGGUUGGCUGUCUGAACUGGAGCAGACUUCACUGCUCGAGCUGGCAACAAGGAGGAAAGGAAUAUUCUCGAAGGCUGGGAGGGUGUUUAGUGACUUUAGGGAUAAGUUUAACAAGGCAUUGAGAACGUUGGUAAAAAAUUAUAAUAAUCUGGCUGAGGAGGUGGAGGUAUCUGAGUUUAUUGAUGAUAAUGUGUGGCAGUUAGUGCUGUCCUCACACCUGGAUGCCACAAAGAAAAUGGAGCUUAUGGACGACCACCACAUAUUGUUCAAACUAAGGGAGUUUGUUCAAGCAGCAUUUGCAAUUCACCUUCAUGGUGAAAGUGAUGCUUCCUUGGCAGUGAAGGGGCUGGAUUAUAUUACUAUCAAUUUAAAAAUCCCAACACAAUUGAAUAUAGUAAGCGAGAUGGAU